UGCAAAGGCGAGUGGCGUGUUCGAUCAUCAUCGCCGCCACCCUUCCUUGUUGAAUUGUCGAUGCUAGCAGGCAGUAGUAAUAGCAGUCCCGUCGCGUCCAUCCAUCCAUCCACCAACCACCACCAUUGUCAUCACCCUGCUCUGCAACUGCAAGUCACAGGCGCGGCCUCUGACACCGCCCCUCCGACUCCGAUCCUCUGUCGUUCGGUGACACUGACAUGGGCUGCUGCCUCCACCGCCGCCUCUGCCUCGGCGGCACGGGUACCCUGCCGUUCGUCAGGCGGUUCACGGCCAAGGAGGUGGAGGCCGCCACGCGCGGCUUCACCGCGGUGCUCGACGCCGCCGGCACGGCCUACAGGGCGCGCUUCGCCGGCGGCCUCGUCGCCACCGUCGUCAGGCGCCGCCGCGACGCCGACGACAACGACGACCACCAUCGCCAGGGAGAGGGAGGAGGAGGAGGGACCACGGACGCCUUCUACCUGGAGCUGCAGCUGCUGGCCCGCCUCAACCACCGCCACGUCGUCAGGCUGCGCGGCUUCGCGCUAGCCCACCACGCAAGGUUCCUCGUCUUCGAUCACAUGGAGAACAGGAGCCUCAAGGAAUGCCUCCACGAUCCGCUCCGGACGCCGCUGGACUGGCGGACCAGGCUGCAGGUCGCCAUUGACGUCGCGGCAGCACUGCCGAUUCAUCAUUCAGGAAUACCUCUACUACCACUGCGACCCCCCGGUGUUCCACGUGUCCGUCAACUCCGGCACCGUGCUCAUGGACGCCAACUUCGUCGCCAAGCUAUCGGAUGUCGGCGUGGUCAGCCACGACGUGAGGCUCGCCACCACUGACUCCUUCCAAGACCGGGUCGAGCGGAGGCGGGCGGGCCUGGCGUUCCAGUACGGCGUGCUGGUGCUGGAGCUGGUGACGGGGCAGUCCCCGGGCGCCGACGGCGAGCUCGUGCGCUGGGCGCAGGACCCCGGCUCCGCCGCCUCCGUGCACCGGAUGGUGGACGCCGACCUCGGCGGCGUCUACGACGCCCGCGAGCUCCGCGACCUCGUCGCCGUCGCCAGGCUCUGCACCAGGGACAGGGACGACAGGGACGAGGGCGCUGGCGUCGUCACCAUUCCGCAGAUCGUCAGGUACCUCCAGGGGAAGCUGGAGCGGAUCGGAUGCCAGGCCAGGUUCGGAUGAUGAUGAUGACGGUGAUGGUUCGCCUGCGUUGCGUGCGCGGGCGAUCAGCGUAUCAUCAUCGUCUUUGUUCUUCUUUAACAGCCUGUCUGUACCAUCAAAUGUACAAAAGCGCGUGGCUUUUCUUCUGUGGAUGCCCAGAAUCUGUUGGUGUCGAUCAGUCGAUAGAGGAACCAAAGUGAGUUGCUGACUGCAAUUGGAAGCGGAGUGCAGUUUUCUCUUCUGAUGGACAUUUUUUUCGAGAUGUUUUGCUGUGCUUUUUGUGACGUGACAAGAACAGAGAUUGCCAUGGCAGUUUUGAAUCUGAGUUCUGAGAUGAUAGAAAACAUGUUCUGCUC